UCUGCAGCACAGAAACACAAGUUGAAUUUAACCAAACAUGAAGACUUUAAAACUGUUCAUUCUACUAAGCCUGGGACUGUCAGCUUACUGUGUGCCAGUACAACAGGUUACUGUGCAAGAUGAGGACUUUGCAAAGAACUACUUGAAGAAAUUCUUUAACCUAACAGAGGAGAGAGGUCCAACUAUAAGACGAGGGAUCAGCCCAGUGAGCAGGAAGCUGAGUGAGAUGCAGAAGUUCUUUGGUCUCCAGAUCACUGGGAUGCUGGAUGCUGACACCAUGGAGAUUAUGAAGAAGCCCCGCUGUGGGGUUCCAGAUGGCAACAUUGCUCACUUCUCCACUUUUGGAAACAAUCUGAAGUGGGAGAAAAACAGCCUCACCUACAGGAUUGAGAACUACACACCUGAUAUGUCUGUGUCAGAGGUCGAUGACUCAAUAGAGAAAGCACUGCAGGUUUGGGCCAAAGUCACUCCUCUGAGAUUUACAAGAAUCUACAGCGGCACUGCUGACAUCAUGAUCUCCUUUGGCCGUCAAUCACAUGGUGAUUAUUACCCCUUUGAUGGCCCAGAUGGCACUCUUGCCCAUGCCUUCGCACCUGCCCCUGGUAUUGGAGGAGAUGCUCAUUUUGAUGAUGAUGAGACCUUCACUUUCCGCUCAAACACAGGCUACGUCCUCUUCAUGGUAGCUGCCCACGAGUUUGGCCACUCCCUGGGCUUGUCUCACUCUGAUGAUCCUGGUGCUCUCAUGUACCCUAUUUACACAUACAGCAACCCAGACACCUUCGUUCUGCCCCGGGAUGAUGUCAACGGCAUCCAGUCUCUCUAUGGUCCAAACCCUGACAAGGACCCCUCUAUAGAAGAUCCUCAGCCUCCUACUACCCCUGAUGCCUGUGAUUUAACCAUGACCUUGGAUGCUGUGGCCACGCUGAGAGGAGAGAUGCUCUUCUUUAAAGACAGCUUCUUCUGGCGGAGCUACCCUCAAAGCAGUACACCUCAGCAAAGUCUCAUCAAAAACUUCUGGCCAAAUGCUCCCACCAACAUCAAUGCUGCUUAUGAAAACCCACAUUCAGACAAACUCUUUAUCUUUCAAGAUCGGAAGGUGUGGGCUUUCAGUGGCUAUGAUCUUGUACGUGGCUAUCCUAAACCACUCUCCAGUUUUGGUCUGCCCAAAAAAGUAAAGAAAAUUGAUGCAGCACUUCAUGACAUGGAAUCUGGCAAGACUCUGUUCUUUGUAGGCAGCAAUUACUACAGCUAUGAUGAGGCCAGAAAGACUAUGGACCAGGGAUUCCCCAAGCGAGUGGAUCAGACCUUCUCCGGCCUGACCGGCAGUGUGACUGCAGCUUUCCAGUACAGAGGUUUCGCUUACAUCUACAGCGGAUCCUACAUGUUUGAGUACAGCCUGAGGAGCGGCAGGUUGUACCGGAUGCUGAGGAACAACUACUUCCUGCGCUGCACUAAUUUCUAGAGCAGUUUUUACUAGCCAAUCUGUUUAUGUAACCAGUCUCAAUGGUAAUGAAGGCAAAAAGUUCAAAUGUCCAUGAUAAUAUAUCUUAGUCAUAAUAUUGUGUUAUUUUUUAGUUAAUUUAACUCUGCAUGAUCUUAGUUUAUUUAUGUCAUAUUCCUAAUUUUAUUAUUGCUGUUAUAUUUCGGGGUAAAUGUAAUUACCUAUGGAGCUUUGGAGCUAAUACAUAAAUUAAUUUUAAAAAGUACUGAGAUAAAAUUCAUGAAUGUAUUAAUGAAAAUAUUUUAAAAAACAAAUGUGACAAAGUGAGAAGAAAUUAAUACUGUGAAUUAGCAAAUAAACAUUUUUAAUUUUAAAUUAA